AUGCCUUAUUUGUUGUCUGUCCCUUCGUUGCCCAAGCGCCUACUUCGCUGUCCGUUCGAACCUGUCGCGCUGACCUUGAUAUUAACCUCGUUAUUAUCAAUAUGGUCGUCCUACACUCUAAUAGUACUAAAUGUGGUUGCAACAAGCGACAUUGGUCCUGCUGCGAGUCCUACCGUGACUGCAAGUAGCACCGCCACGGUUACCACGAGCCUUGCGCCUACCACAACACUUCAAGCCUCGGUUAACCUCAAUGAGAGUGCCAUUGAAACAGCCAUAGACAAGUAUAGUCGGCGCAAAAUUGACCAUGUAAAUGACUGGAUUAACUCGCAAGUUUUGUCCCCCUUGUGCUCAGAAUGGCAGCAAGACCUGAAACACUGGAACGAUUCCUUAAAUGUGGCAAUGGACACGAAAAUACAAGACUAUAACUCAUUCCUAGCGUUCAAGAAUAGAAUUGUGACCCAGUUCCAACAAGAUUCUGCUCGAAUUAAUGAAACGCUGGACAUUUUGUCACGGACAGCGCUAACGGUUGGCUCACUAAACAGUCAAGAACUGGCCCAAAAUUUCACCGUGAGAUACUGGACAAUCGAUGAUCUUUUCGCUAAUAUUUCAUCAAGUAUGACAGAAGCCAGGACUGUCUUCGAAAAGGUCCAGACUCCGACCAUCUCAUGCCCGGUGUUCUCUCUUACGUUUACGAACAUUUCGGCUGAUCUAGCGAACAUUACGAGCAACCUUACUGCUGCGCUGAGUGAUAUUGCAGAGUCAGGUAAGUCGGUUCUGUCAACUACCGAAAAAGGGUUCAAUCGAGAGACAUCUCUGAAGGUAGCCCGGCAUGAUGAAACUUUGAGAAUUUUACACAACCGUUGCAGCCUACUGACCCUCGUAACCUGUGCCAUCUAUUUUACCACGGUGAUCUUUCUUUGUGCCUACGAGAUUCUCAAAUUCUCGUUGGAAAGAUCUACCUUUAACCUGCACAUGGCCGACAUGCUCGAUCAGUACUUCACUCGAACGGAAUUAUAUCAUGACGAAAUCAAGUCGCAGCAGAAAAUACGAUCCACGACACAGAACCUCAUAUUUUCCCUCCAAGAAUCGACGGUGCAUAAAGUUUCAGAAAUCAUUUAUUCAAAGCUAAGAUUCAAGCUGAACUGGCCGCGGCUGACGACUGUAUGCUGGUGGAUUUGGUCUAGUGGAAGAAUAUUCUGGAUAUUAUUCUUUUACGCAGCAAUUCACUAUCAAAUGAUGUUGUCUAUAGUUCGGGUCCACCCAGGAGGAACGACUGAGCUUGGAUCAACGUCAAUGAGCAAAAGCACCCUUUCGGAAAUGCACGGCGCAAAUCUAACAUUCGAUUCGACAUCGAUAUAUCUGAUGUCCCUCCAAGCAUGUAAAAAUUUCGAGCAGAGCUUUGAUAAGGUUUUAACCGGCUCGGUAAAUACAUAUCUGACCGAUUUAGCCAAUGCGCAGAUCAACGAAAUCAAUUCCAAAAUGGUCUCCCAGGUCACCCCAUUCGACACUAUUUCGUGGGAAAAUAUCACAUCGGUGCAAGCACUCUCUUUCUCGAUAUUACCAGCAAGUGAUGAUGAGAUCUCAUUGGGCUAUUCAAUCAUAAGCGAAGUCAUAAGGCCGAGCGUCAGUAUUAUUGAUACGACGACACAAAAAAUGCGUCUGAAAACUUCAGAAAAAGAACUUUCGACGGAGCAAAAUAAACGCUACCUAGCAAAAUCAUGUCGCCUAACCUACAAGUGGGCGUUGAUCGCCCUGAUAAUGGCAGCCAUAAUUCACCAUUUGCUAGGCUCCAUAAUAUUAACUUGGCUUUAA